AUGGGUCAGUCCUCCUUCCCCACAACCUCUCAAGGAAAUGCUCAUGAUUCAGCCUCCAGCUUUGACAAGUUUUUUAAGAAGUUCCAGAUAGAAAGCAAAAUCCUCUCUCAGGAAACCAUCAAUUUGAUUCAAUCACACCUGGAGAAGGGGGACUUUCAGAGGACAGUUUCUGCAAUCAGUGAUGCACUGAGAGACAUCGAGGAUGCCCCACUGAGCAUUGUGGUGAUGGGGGAGACUGGGGCUGGGAAGUCCAGUUUCAUCAAUGCCCUGUGGGGGAUCAGGCACGAGGAGAAAGAGGCAGACCCCACGGGGCCAGUGGAGACAACCAUGGAGAGAACUCCAUACAAACACCUGAACGUUCCCAAUGUGACAAUAUGGGACAUGUCUGGCAUUGGGUCCACUACCUUUCAGCCACAGAAGUAUCUGAAGAAAAUGAAGUUUGGUGAGUACGACUUCUUCCUCAUCACUUCUGCUACACACUUCAAAGAAAAUGAUGUGCAAUUGGCCACAGCAAUUUAAAAAAUGGGGGAAAAUUUCUACUUUCUUCAAACUGAAGUGGACAAUGAUUUAUACAAUCUAAAAAAGAGUAAACCCAAGGCAUUUAAUAAGAACAAAGUUCUGCAAGAGCUCCACAAUGACUGUCUGACUCAGCUGCAGAAGGCCAAGGUGAAGGACCCUCAGGUCUUCCUAGUCUCCAGCAUGGAUGUGUCUGAGUGUGAUUUCCCAGACCUGGAGACCACCCUCCUGAGGGAGCUCCCAGCCCACAAGCACCACAUGUUCAUGCAAUCCCUGCCCAGUGUUACAGAGGCUGCCAUUGACCAGAAGAGGGAUUCUCUGAAGCAUGUCUGGCAGGAGGCCCUGAAGGCUGGAGCAUAAGCCACCAUCCCUUUAGUGGGCUUCAUCAGUGAUAAGGAUGUGGAGAACCUCGAGGAGACCUUAAUGCUCUAUAGGUCUUACUUUGGGUUGGAUGAUGCAUCCCUGGAAAUCAUGGCAGAGGAUUUGCAUGUGUCUGUGGAGAAACUCAAGGCAAACAUUAUGUCUCCCCAUUUGCUGUCUGUUGGGAAGGAUGAUGAGACUUUAGGGGGAAAACCAUUGAAAUGUAUUGAGAAACUUUGCUCAGUCACUGGGGGACCCAUUGCCACUGGCCUUUACUUUAGAAAGAACUUCUAUUUACAAAAUCAUUUCCUUGAUACUGUGGCGAGUGACACUAAAGCUCGCCUUAAAAAAGAAGAG